AUCUCAAUUAUUCUCACAGGCAGUGAAGUUAUACUCCAUUCCAUAAACACGAAAACGCGUUAAUACUUCUCAUCAAAAAGCGAGUCUUGAUCUUCAACUCCAAUAAUAAUCUGGAAUGGCAUGGCCUUCAAUUUCUCCUACUUCCACACCACUCUAACCUCACUGUUCCUCCUCACCAUUCUCCUCUUCUUCUUCAUCGUCCAAUAUUCCCCAAAUCCUAUUCCCAAAUCUCCCCACAGGUCCCUCUUCAAUGUCCAAAAAUCAAAUCCUUCUCCCUGCAAUUUCACUGACUCCAAUGGAAUCUUUAACUACUUUUCCUUCCACUAUUGUCUCUUCCAAGAAAACCCAUUUUUAUCCAUCCCCUUUUUCACCUUUUGUGUAUUUCUACAGUUCUACAUCCUCAUUAAAACUGCUCAAGAUUACUUUUCUGUUGUGGUUACUAAGCUUUCUUCCCAUCUUAGGUUGUCACCUUCAAUGGGUGCAGUGACCCUUUUGGCUUUAGGAAAUGGUGCCCCUGAUGUUUUUGCAUCUGUGGCUGCAGUUAGGGGAGGCCAAGCAAGAACUGGUUUUGGUGCUAUUCUUUCAGCAGGGACUUUUGUCUCUGCUUUUGUGGUUGGGUUUGUGGCGAUUUACGCAGCGCCUUUUCCUGUUGAUCCUGCUCCUUUUGUGAGGGAUGUGAUGUUUUAUUUAACUGCUGCUUUGUUCCUUUUUUAUGUGUACUUAAGUGCUGAGAUUUUCCUAUGGCAAGCUAUUGGGUUUGUUGGGUUUUAUCUAUUUUUUGUUGGGUUUGUGUUUUAUAUGGACUUUGGGAUGGGUGGUGAGAAAGGGAAGGGUGCUAAGUCUGGAGGUGAGGUUGUUUUGGUUAGAAAUGAUGAAGUUCAUGUAGGGAUUAUUGAGUUGGAUUCUGAAAAAGGCAAAGUUUUGGGAACUUUAGAAGAUGGAAAGAAGCAAACUACUGGGUCUUGGCAAGUUAUCGAAAAGGUCACAGUAAUCUGGAAACUUCCUGUCUCAAUGCUCCUUAAACUCACUAUACCACAGACUGCACCUUCUGAAUGGAGUAGAUUCUAUCUAUCUGCCAACAUUGCUCUUUGUCCCCUCCUACUUCUCCUUUCCUGCAAAUCUUUCGUGCCUUUAAAUCAUCCGAUCUCUUUUCUACUCUCAGACACCCAUUUUCCUCUAUGGUUCAUUGUAUUUUGUGCUAGUUGUUCUUUGGCUAUUCUUCAUUUCAUUGUUGAAAAGGAGGCCCCUAAAACAGAGCAAAUGCCUGCAGUUGUUAUAGCAUUUGUGAUGAGUGUAUUUUGGAUCUCCACUGUUGCUGGGGAGCUCCUCAACUGUCUUGCAGUUCUAGGAGUGCUCCUGAAACUGCCUGCUGCAUUUCUUGGUUUAACAGUACUUGCAUGGGGUAACUCAGUUGGUGAUCUUGUUGCAGACGUGGCUGUUGCAAAGGCUGGCCAGCCGGCCAUGGCCAUGGCUGGAUGUUUUGCCGGACCUAUGUUCAACAUGCUUUUCGGGCUUGGAACAGCUUUGGUUAUACAGACAGCAGAUGUAUAUCCAGAAGCUUAUGAACUUCAUUUUCAUGUCAGUAUCGUGGUUGCUUUUGUUUUCUUGCUGUUAAGCUUGAUGGGAUCUCUGCUGUUAGUAACUUGGAAUAGGUUCCGGGUGCCAAGAUUCUGGGGAUUCUGUCUAGUAGGACUUUACAUUGUUUUCAUGCUAAUAAGCAUGGUCAUUGCCAAGUUCUCUGCGUGAGUUUCAGAGAGAAAGAAGUGCUGAAAAGAGGUAUAACACGUCGAGCAAGAACAGUCGGUUCAUCCAUCACUUGUACAGAACCAUGUGGGAGCUGCUAAACUCUUGAAUGAGUAACUAGAUUGAAUAUGAAGCGCCUGGCAGUUAUUAGCAGUGCACCUUAUGUCAAAAUCUGGAGAACUGGUUCUGCUUCGGUAACCUCGUUCACAAAACCAGUUAGACAUACUAUUGGUUUCCAUGCAAGAAUAUAUCAUUUCAUUUUUUCAACUCAUUGUUGAGUGGCUAAUUGAGUUGGAUUAUGUAUCCAUUCAUAUAAUGGUAUACAAUAGAAAUUAUCUGGUCAACACAAGUUUCAUGUAGGCCAGUUCUUUCCUUAUUCUUUUCAUAUGAAAUUGAUGUUGAAUUUUGGAGAAGAAUGUUUAGCUAGGACAGAAGGAACGUUUACUCUCUUGUACUUUCAUUUCA